AUGGCAGGCCCUUCAGAAGACAAUCUUACUAUGGAAGUGAGAGAGGAGGAGAUGAUUUCACCACUGAAUGGAGAUUCAUCUAUCAGAUUAGCCCAUUUUCUCAGGCCAUCUGUCACAUUUAUCGAUGGUCCAGUUUUUGAUCCUCCAUUGGAUUCUGUAAAUCCCACCAUGAUUGAAAGCUCGGUGCAUUUGAAGGCAAACUUUGUUGGGUGGAGACACCCACAGAAAGACUGGAAAGCUUGGGUAAAUCGCAUGCAAUCUUUUCAUCAUUCUACCUGGAGACAAGCUGGGAUUCAUGAUGCCAUAAUAAACUCCACGUUCGAGAUUCAUCGAAAUACUGAUCUGAUUUUAGGUGUUGCGGAGAAGUGGUGUUCGAAGACUAACACGUUUGUGUUUCCAUGGGGAGAAGCUACAAUCACCUUGGAAGAUAUGAUGAUUCUUGGAUGUUAUUCGGUUUUGGGUGACUCGGUUUUGAGUCCCACCGGAGACUUGGAGAUGGAAAUGACUGUAGAUAAAUUACACAAGGUGCGCUCAGAUAUUACCCGAGGAUAUAGGAGGAAAUGA